CAGACCACUACAGGACUUUCAAAGAGUUUUCUUGAGUUACGCGGAGUUCUGCAGUAUUGUUACGAACAUUUUUGUAAAAAGUCGAACAUCUUCGCUACAGUGUCAUUCAAGAGGGUUAACAGUAACAUUUCUACUAAGGGGGGUCAGCAUGAUGAUGUACACAUUUUGUGCUCUCGUAAUCUUCUUCAUGGCAGUUCAUGGAGGGGCUGCCAUAAAGUGCUGGCACUGUAAUUCGAUAUACGACCCGUACUGUAAUGAUCCUUUCGACAAUUCGACCUUGGCAUUGAUAGACUGCAACAAGAUAUUCUUGCCUCAUCUCCCUAACACAACAGCAUCAUUGUGCAGGAAAGUUAUUCAGAAAGUGAACAACGAUUAUCGAUACAUUCGAGACUGCGGCUGGUUGACAGAUGAAUAUCGUAUGAUGGAUUGCACCGAAAGAGCAGGAAUUAAUCAAAAUCUCAUCCAGUACUGUAACUGUAAUACAAAUGGCUGUAACAAAGCUUCUUUUAUCCAGCUCAGUGUUAUAGCUCUGGGCGCCUCUGUUAUUGCUUCCAUAACUCGUUACAUAAUUCCCUAGUAAAUAUUUUCAGGUCUUUAUACUGUAUCCGGUGAGUUCCAUUGUUUGACACAUAAUGGUCGAAAGAAAAUGAAAGGUCAAAAGAUUUGGAAAAUAUUAAAAGCUAGAUUAAUAUCA